GCCUUUCUUGUGUUCUCUCGAGAGCUUUGUGGCCAUGGCUGGGCUUCAGUCUUCGAGCUCGGAGAUGGAUCUCGACCGCCCCAAUAUCGAGGAGUACCUCACCGCUGAUUCCAUCCAGGACUCACCCAAGAAGCUCCACUUGCGUGACUUGCUGGACAUCUCCCCCACGCUGAAGGAGGCCGCGGGCGCAAUCGUUGAUGACUCUUUCACUCGUUGCUUCAAAUCCAAUCCUCCUGAGCCAUGGAAUUGGAAUAUAUAUUUGUUUCCUCUGUGGUGCUUAGGUGUUGUUGUUAGAUAUGGAAUUCUUUUCCCAGUGAGAGUUGCAAUCUUGGCAGGAGGCUGGGUUGUAUUUUUUGCAGCUUUCUUUCCUGUACAUUUCUUGCUAAGCGGGCAUAAUAAUUGGAGGCGCAAGAUAGAGAGGAAAUUAGUGGAGAUGAUGUGCGGCAUCUUUGUUGCUUCAUGGACAGGAGUGGUCAAAUAUCAUGGACCUCGCCCAAGUAUGCGCCCUCAUCAGGUAUUUGUUGCCAACCAUACUUCAAUGAUUGAUUUCAUCAUUUUAGAGCAAAUGACUGCAUUUGCUGUUAUAAUGCAAAAGCAUCCUGGAUGGGUUGGUUUUAUCCAGAAGACAAUCUUGGAAAGUGUUGGGUGUAUUUGGUUCAAUCGCCCAGAGUCCAAAGAUCGUGAAGUUGUAGCAAGAAAGUUAAGAGAACAUGUUAAUGGAGUUGAUAAUAACCCUCUGCUGAUUUUUCCUGAAGGAACCUGUGUAAAUAACCAUUACACUGUUAUGUUCAAGAAGGGUGCUUUUGAACUUGGAUGUGCUGUUUGUCCAAUAGCAAUCAAGUACAACAAGAUUUUUGUGGAUGCCUUUUGGAACAGUAAGAAGCAAUCUUUUACUAUGCAUUUGGUUUGCCUAAUGACAUCCUGGGCUGUUGUCUGUGAUGUUUGGUACUUAGAACCUCAAUAUUUAAGGCCUGGGGAAACUCCUAUUGAAUUCGCAGAGAGAGUGAGAGACAUGAUUUCUGUCCGGGCUGGUCUUAAGAAAGUUCCUUGGGAUGGAUACUUGAAAUAUUUCCGGCCUAGCCCCAAGCUUACAGAACGCAAGCAGCAAAUAUUUGCAGAGUCCGUCCUGCAGCGACUGGAAGAAAUAUGACACUCCGAUUCAACUCUCUGAUCUCUGUCAAUCUUUUUAUUUUUACUUAUGUUCAAGUUGUAGCUUUCAGAAAUCACCAAUUAUAUUUGUAAAGUAGCUUUAUUUCUUCCCAACAAUACAAUACAAUACAAUACAAACUCUUCAGAGAUUUCAUGGCUUGAUCUCAAAAUCAACAUAUAUUAUUACUGGGAAUGCUUAAAACUAUAAUGCUCAAGCACAAUGUGAAGCUACCUUACAUCUCAAAAUAAAUCAACUGGAGCCACUGUUUAACACUGUGUAUGUAUUCAUUCGCUUGCCGAAGCACUCACGGUUCAGCAAGUAAGUCCGAAAGCUCUGACAGCGUGGCGUGCGCUUAAGACUCAGAUAGAGAGGUCUGGAGCUUGGUGAUGAUCCCGGACAUGGGGCUGGCUUGGGCUAUCUCUGCAAAGCCUUUUGCUUUCAAUCUCGGCCCCGGCGUUGAUUUCAUUCCUCACUGCAAAAGAUGGUGGACUACUCAUUGCGCAAGACUUCUCUUCGGCAUUUCAUCGAACAUAUGAAAUGCACAUGAGGAUGAUCCAAAGUUACAAUUUUUUUAACCCAAAAACAUAGAGAGAAAUGAUAUCGAGAUCAAAAUUAAAAGCCGAUCUUUUUCAAAGGGGCAACAAAUCAAACACUAGGACGCAAACAAUGGUAGAAA